UAAAAGAUGAUAAAAAGUGGGUUGAAAUAUUUGUAAGGAAAACCCUAUCUUAAAAUUAUUUUCAGCAUUUUGGCAUAUAUAUGGAAAUGUGUAUUUUCUAAGCAUACCUGUGUUGUUUUGUUUUGUUGUUUUUUUAAAGUAGGUGAGCACUUUUACUCUCCAACCCUGUACUUAACUGUACUUCUGUAGUCUGUAGAACUAUAGCCGGCAUGGCCACCAGUUCAGUAAUGUUGACUGGACAGGCCAACUGCAUUGCUAAGAAGACAAAUGUGCGGCCAAGUGUAAAGAAAUGCUCCUGGGCAUCCUACAUGACCAAUUCACCAACUGUCAUUGUCAUGAUGGGACUACCUGCCCGUGGGAAGACUUACAUGUCUAAGAAGCUAACCCGUUACCUCAACUGGAUUGGAGUGCCCACCAAAGUUUUUAAUCUUGGUGUAUAUCGGCGAGAAGCUGUCAGAUCCUACAAGUCUUAUGACUUUUUCAGACAUGACAAUGAAGAGGCCAUGAAAAUCAGAAAACAGUGUGCCUUAGUUGCUCUAGAGGAUGUGAAGAUGUAUCUGACAAAAGAAGGGGGCCAGAUUGCUGUGUUUGAUGCAACAAAUACAACCCGAGAGAGGCGAGAUCUAAUCUUAAGUUUUGCUCAAGAUAAUGCCUACAAGGUGUUUUUUGUGGAAUCAGUCUGUGAUGAUCCAGAUGUAAUAGCUGCCAAUAUACUGGAGGUCAAAGUUUCAAGCCCGGACUAUCCAGAAAGACACAGGGAACUUGUAAUGGAUGACUUUUUGAAAAGAAUUGAAUGCUAUAAAGUUACAUAUCAGCCACUAGAGCCAGAUGACUACGAUAAGGAUUUGUCCUUUAUUAAGGUAAUAAAUGUUGGGAGGCGUUUUUUGGUGAAUAAAGUGCAAGACUACAUCCAGAGUAAAAUUGUGUACUACCUUAUGAAUAUUCACGUCCAUCCUCGCACUAUUUAUCUCUGCCGACAUGGAGAGACAGAACACAAUAUUUCUGGCAAGAUUGGAGGAGAUUCUGAACUCUCUGUUCGUGGCAAACAGUUUGCGCAUGCCCUUCGGGACUUCAUAAGUGAGCAGAAACUUGCUGACCUAAAGGUGUGGACAAGCCAGUUGCGUAGAACAAUCCAAACUGCUGAGGAGUUGGGUGUUCCUUAUGAACAGUGGAAAAUCUUGAAUGAAAUUGAUGCAGGUGUAUGCGAGGAGAUGACUUAUGAGAAAAUUCAUAAUUGUUUUCCUGAAGAGUUUGCUCUUCGUGAUCAAGAUAAAUAUCAUUACCGCUAUCCUGGAGGGGAGUCUUACCAAGACCUGGUUCAGCGCCUGGAACCUGUUAUUAUGGAGCUGGAGAGACAAGGGAAUGUUCUGGUCAUCUCCCAUCAAGCUGUAAUGCGCUGUCUUCUCGCAUACUUCCUUGAUAAGAGUGCAGAUGAACUUCCUUAUUUGAAAUGUCCCCUUCAUACAGUCUUUAAACUGACUCCAGUUGCCUACGGCUGCAAGGUGGAAGUGUUUUAUUUGAAUGUGGAAGCAGUAAACACUCACAGAGAUAAACCUACUGAUCUCACUGGAAAACAAGGCCUAUUAUGUGAUGAUAAAAUCUCAAAGGAUCCUUCCUUGAUGAGAAGGAAUAGCUUUACACCUCUUGCCAGUCCAGAUCAAGUCAAACGACCACGUCUGUACAGCGAGGGAAAUCCCCCUUGGCGGCCUUUGAAAGCUGCCCCAGGAGAGCUGUGCUUUUCAGAAACACCAGAGAGAGUCAGGCAGCAGCUCAGCCAACCCUGGGUAGAAAAUUCUUGUUUGAAUCAGGCCUCCAUGAUAAACUAUGAGAGCUGGAUUCCAGUCUCAACAACUGAAUAGGUCAGAAAAGGCUGCUUUUACAUGCCUCCUAGCCAGUGGAUGAUCCUAAUGUGUGGGAAUCUUCUGUUUUCUUUAUAAUGUUUUUGGUACCAAAGGUCUUUGAAUCACAAUACACACAAUAGACUAUACAGUCUGAUAUGGUGUCGCCUUUAUUUACUUAUUUUUUAAUUGAAGAUAUGUUUUCUUGAUUUUACUGGCCAGAGCUUUGUUUUUAGUGUUGCUGUUUGAUUUAGUCAGUCACAAAUUCUCAAAACACUUCCACAAGUAUGUAAUUUUUAAAUAUAAAACUGGUUAUGUACAAGUGCUUUCAUUAUAGCUAUGAAAAUGUUUACAGUUGAAAAGUAACAAUGGAAUCUGUAACAUUUUGAAAUGAUCCUCAGUAUAUUCAUUCUGCCUAAAAUGAAAUACCUGCAUAGUUAUGUACAUCCUGUAAAAAUGUAAAUAUCACAUGCUUAUUCUUUUUGGAGUGAUUUUUAUUCAUAUUACCUUUCAAAGACUGCUAAAGCUGCUAUUAGCUCAUUAGGAAAAGGUGUUAAAAGGCUGUGUUACAUGGGUUAAUGUAUGUCAGUCUGAAAUUUGCUUUUGUAUUUUGUCUAUUUGGACAUGAGUUACCACAUAUGUUCGUUCUGUAACUUAUUUUAACAAGUCAUUAGGUUUUAAAUAAGACUAUCAGUUUUGCCAGGUGAGCACAUAAAGUAUGAAUACAUAUGAUUAAAUAAUAUGCUGUGUAUUCAGACUAAUUUAGGGAAGUUUGAGAGUUAUUGUAUUUAUAACCCCUCCGCAGUGUGAUGUAAUUGAAGGAAAGAGCAGUUUAGCAAAGCUUUAAAUUUUCCAGUGUGUGUUAUUUUUGUGCCAUAUAAUAUUUUUUGGAUACUCAAUCAUGAGUAUAUACAUAUUUUUUCCAUUGUAUCGGUGUUAGGAAAACUAGACCAUGUACAAUUUAUUGUGGAAUGCAGUUUAUAUUAUUAACUUGAAAAAGAUUAAAUUUAUUUGUUAUCAAAGUAUAGUUCAAGACUUCACCCCUGUCACUAGAGAAUGUAUUUUUUAUAUCCAAAGAAACAUCUCUUUUAUUACACUACUUAAUUACAUUUUUGGAAUGUGUUAGAAGCAUCUUUGUAUGCCUUGCUGGUGUGAGGCUUUUUAACAAUGAGUUGUGGCAAAUGUUAUAAACUGUUUUAAACAAUGUUAUGAAGUAUCUGCCUUCUCAAUGAUUUGAUAGAUAGAUGUUUGAGGCACUUUCAUUUAAAACAGAAUUUUACUCAUAACCUACAUGUAUUGUAGAAUGUCAAUCAGCUGUUAUGAUGUUAGCAGUGUAGGCAUUAUAGCAAGUACAUUGGUAUGUCUUUAGUUUCAGACAUAAAAUUCAAAAUGAUUGUGCUUGGUGGGAAUGUAGCAAAAGGUAAUGUUUAAUUAUUUUCAAGAAAUGUCAGCAGGUAUUAAUUAAAAGUUAAUGUGUUGCAAAUUAUUUUUGUAAAAAUAUUUAAAUUGUGAAAAGGGUGUUUUAAAAUUAUAUUUAUUUAGGGCCUGCUCCUUGCAAUCUUGGAUUUUUUAUUUUGUUUCCAUUGCCUUAUUUGUCAAAGGAUAACUUUUCUUGCAAGGUAAUUUAUUGUCUAACUGAACAAUGUAUACACAGAAUUCUCAGAAUGUAUCUAUUAGAUAGAUAGAUAGAUAGAUACUUCCGUAAAAAUAAAAAUCUGUCGCUCAAAUUCCAACAGGUGUUUUAUCAGAUGUUGUACUUGGUGUGGUGUGUAUCUUUGAUAAGUGUCCUGAACUUUUGAAUAAUUUGCUUAAAGCUGAAUAGAAGCUUUGUGUUCAUAUUGAUUUUCCUGUUUGUUUACUUGCUUUAAAUUUCUAAAAUUAAAGAUCUAUUUUACCUCAAAU